AUGUCAUAUGCAUUCUUUCAAGGAAGAAGGACAAACAAAUCUAAGUUCAUGUUUUCUGAAGCUGAUUUCCCUAGAAUAAACCAAGCUAAUAUCAGAUCACUAAUCAUUUGGUUGAAACAAAGGGUGAGUAUAGAUAAAACUUAUGCAGAUGUUCUACAACGCCCAAGGCAAUAUGUGCUCGACAUGGUUAUUGAUUUCAGUGUUGACUGGGAGAUUGGACAGCUAGGAGAAAAAGAAGCUGAAGAACCAAAUGUGAAUCUGAAUAUGGAGAAUGAGUCGCCUAGGAACAUUCUAAAGAAACCACAUAGAGGUGUUGUAUUCUCUUCUAAAGGUCGACUAAAAUUCAUGAGAAUCUCCCAAAACCAUCUAUUCUCUUCUGAAUUCAUUGAAGGCAUCAUCGGUUUAUUGAAGAGAAUAGGAGAUCAAGAAGAAUCGCUGAGAGUGAAGAUCAUUAAAGAACUUACAUGGUUUUUGAGUUUCCGGCAAUGGUUAAUAAACUUGAGAAACAAAGUAUAG